UCCCUUUUGAAUUACUACUAUUUAAUACUUACCAUAAAAUAAUUUAAAAUUUUUUUAAACAUAAUUCUUUUUUUAUAUUGUCGUUAAAUCAUCAUAUUGAUUUUGUAGCUGAAUAGUUUUAUUUUUUAUUUUUAUUAUUAUGAAAUCCAAUAUACAUUCAUGCUUUUUAUUAGUUGUUUUAGGUUUUUCAUUCUUGCAUAAAGCAAGUGGAAUCCAAUGCUACCAGUGUUCAACUAGUAGCGAUCCAAAAGGAUCUGAUAAUUGUGGUGCAUACGAUAAAUUUCACAAGGAUCGCCAUGUAUCGGUAGAAUGUACCAGUGAUGAAUCUCAUACGCCAGGCACAUUUUGUGUUAAAGUAACCAAACAAGGUCUUAGAGGAUUUAUAUGGGAUGGUCGUUGGAGAAAUGUGAUCCGUCGUUGUGGAUCAGUUUCAGAUACUGGUGUAACUGGUGUAUGCAACUGGGGAGUUGAAUGGAAUGGAGUGUACUGGGAAGAAUGCUAUUGUUCAGAAGAUAACUGUAAUUCAUCCACCAAUAUUACACCAUUAUCCAUUAUAACAACCACACUGUGUUCUUUAAUUAUUAUGUACAUAUUUAUAAAUUGAUCUAUACUUAUUUAUAAGCUUAUAACAAAUUCCGUCCAAACUUUUUAGUGUAUUGAUCACUGCAUUUUUUUUAUACAUUUUAUAAUUCACUUAAUUAUUAA